AGCAUUAUCAAUGCAAAGGAAAUCUCCAAUAAAAUGUAUAGAGCAAAUAUAUACAAAAAAAUGUACAGUUACUUCAGAAAAGUUAUUGUCUAACAAUGAAGAUCACAUAAAAGGAAUUCUAGACUUGCAAGCAGACAAUAUAUCUACUGAACAAAUGGAUGCAGCACAAAAUAUUGAUGUUUUUAAUAUGGAAAUGCUCAUAUGUGAAGAAACAGCUAAUAAAAAAAGAAGAAGCAAUAAUGUCAUUGCUCCUGAUACGCAACAUCUUAAACAAGAAAUUGCACAAUCAUCUCCAAAAAUAUCAAGAGCUACUUCAGUGUCUCCAUGGAAAAUUUAUAAUUCACCCAGCAAAAAACAGUUAAGAGAAGAAUUAAGAAGAACGAAAGAACAGUACAAUCUGCGGAUAAAAACUCUAAUACAAAAAACAAGACGCAUGAAAAAAAAGAUAGUGUCACUGGAAAAUAUAUUAGAAGCUAUAAAACAAAAAAAUUUCUUAGAAGAAGAGCAACUGUACAAUUUGAAAGCAAAGGGCAGAUGAUUAAAUGGGAUCACAUUGUUGCAUUGCACGAACUUCAACAAAAUGAAGGUUUACAUCUCGGCAAUAAAUUACGGCAACAACAUAUACAGUACCACAAGAAGAAAAUGAAUGUACGUUUUGCUGCUCAGGUAUGCAGUGCAUCUGUUGCAAACGCUCUUAAAAUGUGCAGAACUGUGUUACAAUUAGAUAAGUUUACUGAUUCAGAAGCAACAGAAGAAUAUCUUAACAUGAUAAACGACUUAUUUGAUAUAUUUAAUUCUAGAAA